AUGAAUGAGCUGCUAGCCGAAAUGGCCGCGGUCUCAUCCAGACGGAAACAGAUGAAACCGAGGAGAAUGUCCGGUGAAGGUGAUGCGAUGAUGUCCCCAAUCGAUUUAUCGACAAAGAGUUUCGAUGAAAAUAAUUGUGAAAAAUCGGCACUUCCACUCGAGGAUCGCUCCAAUAUUCUACCACAUUUUCCAGUGCCAUUCACUAAUCCACAACAGUUCCUCUCGUUAUGCGCUCAACUCGGGAAUUCCACAUCCAGUAGGAACGUGUCCUCCACUGCCUCGACCACUUCAUCCUGCCCAAUUCAGUCCUGCUCCCAAAGCUUCUCCUCUGCUGCAGCGCUGACGUGGCAUGUACUGGAUGCUCAUGAAGAUGAGCAGGAAGUAUUUUCGUGUGACGGAUGUGGUACGACAUUUUCCAAUGGUCAAGAUAUUCGUGAGCACAAAUGCUCCAAAUCCGGUGCAUCACGAAGUUCAUCUGUCCCACCAUCAACCGUACCUUCUGGAGCGUGUUUUUUAUCGACUCCCACCACGCCUUGUCCUCAAUUCUCAAUAAACGAAUCGAUCGGAACGUCUUCUGAGAUUCGGGACGAGGAAGAGGAAGAAGAUAUGGAUUCGGAGGAUAAUGAGCAGGUGGCAAGCCAACUGUUCGGGCAGUUGCUACAGAAAUCCGACGAUCCAAGAGCCAAAAUAUCGAGUCUUUUCAAUAAUGCACUACCUCAAUUUGCAGGGUUUCCAAAUGUGCCACCCCAUUUUUUAAUGCGACAACCAUUCGAUCCGAGAGCUGAAAUCUUUGCAAGUCGGCACGAGAAUGACGACGAUUGGGAAGCUCUCAUGGAAAUCUCCACUAGUGACGAAGCUGAAAAGAUUCGAGCUUUAGUUGGCGAUAAAGCAGUUCCUACCACUGACCCCAAUCAAUGCAUUCUUUGUCGACGUGUCUUAUCAUGCAAGUCUGCUCUUCAAAUGCACUACAGGACACAUACUGGAGAACGACCUUUCAAGUGUAAAAUCUGUCAGAGGGCGUUCACAACGAAAGGAAAUCUGAAGACGCAUAUGGGAGUGCACAGGUCGAAGCACUCGUUCCGAGGCCUUCCAAUCUCCUUGCCUCCUCAAUUGGCUGCUGCUCAUCAGAUGCCUCCAAGACUACAUAUUCAGACUCCACCGACGUCGGCUGCGGCGGCCGCGGCAGCUGUGGCUCAGAUUCAAUCACAGGCUGGACAACAAUGUCCCAUUUGUCAGCAACGGUUAAUGAAUGCGCAGGAGAUGGCUGUGCAUAUUGCGGAACAUCGGAAUUCAUUGACACAGCCGCCAAGGGUGAUGCCGUCGCCGCAAACUAGAGUACAAACUUUCCCAUUUGUUCCUUUCUUCACACCGCCCUCACUCAAUGCCACCGACAUGUCGACGCAGUUCAAUUUGGCUAACAUCCUUUCUGCUCAACUCAAAAACGACUCAUCACCCAACACAGACACAUCCAGUGUUGAAGAAAAAGUAAUCCGAGAUGAUCCACCGAAAAUGGCCUCCCUAUCACCAUCGAACAGUUCGGAGAGCUCUUCCUCCGUUCGUCAGGAGACUCUAGAAGCGAAUGAGUUGGAUGGCAAGAAGUACGAUGAGCCUCCAGUUCUCGAGCAACAAGUCUCACCAGCUCCACCUCCGACGAAUUCGAAAAACGAGAAUCCAUUGUUAGCGAUGCAGAAGAUGUGGGCGGAGACAGAGCCACCACCGCCAAGAGCCAUGCCUGUGCUGUCCAAGCAUCAAUGUGGAGUGUGUUUUAAGCAUUUCAGCUCGAGCUCUGCACUUCAGAUUCAUAUGAGAACGCACACAGGAGACAAACCAUUCAAAUGCGAAAUGUGUGGUCGCGCCUUCACAACACGUGGCAAUCUGAAAGUCCAUAUGGGCACCCACUCCUGGCAACAAAGUCCCUCACGCCGUGGACGACGAAUAUUCGAUGUGGCCACCGGCGGAGGGCCAGCUAAUGAGAAACCAAUGAUGCCAAACCCCAUUCUUGCCAACGGUGGUGGUCCAGGAGCAUCUCCAUUGGCAAUGCUAGGACCAAGUGGAAUAUCGGGUCUUGAGAUGAUGAUGAUGUUGUGGAGGACAGUUUGUUCGGUGUGUCAGAAGGUUUGCACAUCGCCCACUGAGCUGGAACAGCAUUUAAAGGAGCAUCUGAGCAAUGGGAAUUCUAAAACACCAAUUCCAUCGGCAGCAACUCCACCACCAUCCUAG